AUGGGUAUUUUCCUUUUCCCAUCUCCCUGCCCCUCCGCUUUUCCGAUGGUGGAGAGACUCGAUAAGCUCCUUUCACUGCGGCAAGGGGAAAGCAGUGUGAAGGAGCUUGCCUUCAAGUUCCUGUAUUUUGCGGAGGGGCUCAACAUUGGUGACACAGUGCUUAAGGAUAGAUUCAACACCAGCCUUAAGGAGCCUGUUCCUGCCUGGGAGAUGGGAAUGCUGGGGACACUAUCAUUCUGGCAGUUUGUGGGGUACGUUUACCAUCGCGGAUCCAGUGCAGACUGGGAGGGUGGUCUUCCGCCACUUGGGCCACCUCCCACUGACCUCACAAACUGCCAUGUCCCUGGUCCUCCGAUGACCCCUUUGGGGAGAGGGAGGAGGAAGAAAGGGUGUGACCCAUCAGCCUCCUAUCUAGUGGAGGCUGAAGGAGCUGCAGCACCCCCAGAGGCAGUUACUUUCUCAUUGCCUCGCCAGCGCAGGAGGAGGAGGGCUCCUGAUGCUUCCCUUCGGCCGGUGGUCCAGGAGGACCCAACUUCGACGGUCUCAAGGCCAGUAGUCCAGAAGGACCCGACUUUGGCGCUCCCAAGCCCGGUGGUCCAGGAGGACCCGACUUCGAUGGUCCCAAGUCCGGUGAUCCAGGAGGACCCGACUUCAGUGGUCCCAAGCCUGGUGGUCCAGAAGGAUCCGACUGCAGUGGUCCCAGAGCUGUCCUCUCUCCCUGCAGUGCUCUCAGAGGUGGCCAAGAAGCUCGUAGCACCAACACGCUCACGUAGACGGGGGAGAAAAGCUUCCGGCCAACUACAGGGUCCGGAGAUGUUUCCGAAGCCUGCAGCCGACUCCCCGAAGCCCCUAGUAAAGCCUGCAGUUGAACCUCUGAAGCCUCCAGUGAAGUCUGCAGUCGAACCACCGAUGCUUCCAGUGAAACCUGCAGCUGAACCCUCGAAGCCUCCAGGGAGGCCUGCAGCCGCGCCCAAGCGCCUCGCCCUGCCGGCGCCGCCCAAGCGCCUCGCCCUGCCGGCGCCACCCAAGCGCUUCUCCCUGCCGGCGCCGCCCAAGCUCCUGGCCCUGCCGGCACCGGUCAUGUUACAAUUCAAGCCCGAAUCUGUUCACGUUGUUCCUGCCAUACAAGAGACUGUUCACGUCAGUUCUGCCGAGCCAGAGACCGCUCCCACCAGGUCAGCCAUGCCAGUGUUUCCUAACAAGGUAGCCGCUGCCAAGCCGGGGUCUUUGGACAGUAUGGUCGCUACCGAACCAACGUCUCCAGACGAUAUGGCCAUGUCUGUUUCUGAGCCGGUGUCUUUUCCUGAUCCGGGUUCUGUACCUGAACUGGUGUCUGCGCCUGAACUGCCUGGUCCACCCAGGCCACCUGAACUGCCUGCUCAGCACUGGUCACCUGAACAGCCUGGUCCACCCUGGCCACCUGAACUGCCUUGUCCGUCCUGGCCACCAGAAUUGCCUGAUCCGUCCUGGCCACCUGAACUGCCUGAUCCGUCCUGGCCACCUGAACUGCCUGGUCCGCCUUGGCCACCUGAACUGCCUGGUUCACCCUGGCUGCCUGAACUGCCUGCUCCGCCAUGGCCGCCUGAACUGCCUGCUCCGCCCUGGUUCUCAGUGAGGAAUCCAGACCCGCCUGAGUCUCCCUGGUCCGUCCCGCCGGCACCACCCUGGUCCUCAGCCAGGAAUGCAGACCCACCCGUCCCUCCCUGGCUCAACCCUCCCGUCCCUCCCCUCUCUGUGUAUGUGUUCUGA